AUGCUGACGGGCCUGAUGUACCAUCGUCCUGAGGAACCCAUUGAGUACCUGGAGAACUGCCUGAAGAAAGUCAGGGAGAUCGGUGGACUGGAGAGAGUGCGAUGGGAUACCUUCAUCAUUCAGGAGAAGAGGGCACUGCCACCUGUUGGUGGGAGCCAGGGGAGAAGAGCCAUGUAUCGGAGCGUCCUCUCAGAGAGCCACAGUCUGGCUCAUGAACGCUACGACCGACUGCCCCCCAUUCACCAGUUCUCCAUCGAGAGCGACACAGACCUGUCGGAGACGGACGAGCUGAUUGAGGAGUAUGUGGUGUUUGACCCCUCCAAGCCCCGGCCAAGAGUCAUCCUGGUCAUCGGAGGGCCAGCGAGUGGCAAGGGGACCCAGAGCAUGAAAAUUGCAGAGCACUACAGAUUCAUCCACAUCUCUGUGGGAGAGCUCCUGCGUGAAAAGAUGCUGCACAACGCAAGCACCAACAGGAAGUGGGGCCUGAUAGCGAAGAUCAUCACCAAUGGGGAGCUGGCACCACAGGAGACGACGAUCAGUGAGAUUAAACAGCAGCUGAUGCAGCAACCCGACGCUCAGGGGUUUGUGAUUGAUGGUUUUCCCCGAGAGGUCUCCCAAGCAAUCUGCUUCGACGACCAGAUCUGUGUGCCAGACCUGGUGAUCUAUCUUGCCUGCGCCAACUUACGACUGAGGGAGAGGUUGGAGAAGCGAGCGGAACAAGGCCGGCCUGACAACAACCCCAAGGCCAUCCACCGGCGCCUCGCCACCUUCAAGCAAAAUGCCAUCCCAUUGGUCCAAUACUACCAAGAGAAAGGCCUCAUUGUGACGCUGGAUGGAGACAGGGAGGAAGAGGAGGUGUUUGCAGAUAUCAAGAUGACUGUCGAUGGGAAGAUCGCCCCGGGCAAACAUCCUGUGGCAGGUGUCAGUGCGUCUACCCUCCCUCCAACAGCAGAAGCCAACGUGGAUACUGAGGAGAAGCCUCCGGAAGGUGGACCUGCUGAAGAUCUCCUGUCAGAAAAAUUGAAGGCCAACAAAAUUAUCUUCGUGAUUGGGGGGCCUGGAUCAGGGAAAGGCAGCCAGUGCUUGAAAAUGAUGGAAAAGUACGGCUUCACGCACCUGUCCACAGGGAACCUGCUGCGGAAGGAGAUAACCAAUGAAACGGAACGAGGUAAAAAGAUCAAGAAGAUAAUGGUCGAAGGAGGCUUGGUUCCGCUGGGAAUCACGCUGGAGAUUCUCAGAGAUGCCAUGCUGGAGAACCUGCAGGAGACAAAAGGCUUCAUGAUCGAUGGCUAUCCCCGGACCCUAAAACAGGCUGAAACAUUUGAUAAAUCAUUCAUACCUCCCACCAUCGUACUGCUGAUUGACUGCAGCCCUGAGGUCAUGAAGCAACGCCUAAUAAACCGCGGACAAGCAAGCGGACGCUUCGAUGACAACGAGGUGACCAUCAGCAAGCGAGUUGAAACCUACUUUGCUGACUCCGUUCCCGUUGUGAAGCACUACGAGGGCAAAGGACUGCUGCGGAAGAUUCAAGGGGAAGGAACAGAGGAGGAUGUUUUCCAGAGCAUCACCGCCAUCGUUGAUGAACUUUAGCGGCAGAAUCUUCAAGUCGAAAGAUCCCAGAGCAGCUGUCCGUGAAUCUGAUUCCCCGCAAUUGGCACCGAGCAUUUGUGUUCCUGGCUGCUAAGGAGGAUUAACCGAGACCCCACCAAUAAAAACUCCUGGAUAACUUUCCCCCACAGCCCUUUAGAACUAAUGUUCCGUCACAGUGAUUUUGCGUGUAUACAUUCUUUACAAAAAGGAGGGAUGAAUACAAAUAUUUCUUUUGAAGCUAAGUACUAUAUAUACGUAAGAAAAUGCAAACCCUGUGUCUGUGUAAACUCAGCACAAGUUUGGGUCUGAUCUGGGAUCUCGUUCAUAAUUUGAGCACAGUUACUCUGAUGCAGGGCAACAUCUGUAACAGAAGGCAUAAGACGGGGCUCAAUUUACUGCGUGGCACUAAACCAGCAAAGACUCCCUAAUGUCCCCCCCCCCCCGGUGAGACACCAUCACCCCCUGCGCUGGCCAACCUCACAGACCAGUUUACCAGUGCUUUAUACAGCGUUACACUGUAGUUGGGGAUUAGACUGCAUCACAGUGCUGCUGGUGUGUUGGCCUAUGGAAGCUUCUGCAGAUUGGCUGCCAUCUUCUGACUAAGAUAAAAACCAGAAAUUCCCAGGGGGAAAAUCUCAGCAGGGCAGCCAGCGUCUGUAGAGAGAAACAACAGACACUUUGUCAGAACUGGGCGAGAGAGAGGAAGGAAGGAUGGAUAUGUGGAACAAAAGAACUUUAAUUCUACUCCCUGUUCCCAUGCAGACUAUCUCUACCCUUGCAACACACACAAAAUGCUGGAGGAACUUAGCCGGUCACGUAGUAUCUAUGGAAGAAUAAGCAGUCAACAUUUUGGGCCAAGACCCUGCUAAGCUGCGUGUGUUGCUGCGAUUUCCAGCACCUGCAGAUGUCGUGUUUAUCAUCUGUACCCUCACCUCCUUCACUCGCCUGUACCCUCACCUCCUUCACUCAUCUGUACCCUCACCUCCUUCACUCAUCUGUACCCUCACCU